AGAAAGAGAGAAGACGAGAGAAGAAGAGAGAGAGAGAGAAGAGAGAGCGAAGAAAGAGAGAGAGAGAGAGAGAGAAGAGGGGGAAGAGAGAGAGAAAGAGAGAGAGAGGAAAAGAGG